GACAGCUUGGGGAAGGAGGAGGAGAGAGCGGGCGGCGCGGCGCGGCGCGGCGGAGGAGGGGAGAGCCGCGGAGAGGAGGGAGCAAGGGCGGGAGGAGACACAUGCGCGCUGCCUGCCGCCGCCGCCGCCGCCGCCGCCGCAGUCCUUAGCUUCCCGGGGACAGGAAACCUUCGAGACCGAGCUGCCACUGCCGCCUCCCCGACUGCCCCCGUUCGGCGCGCCUGCCACACCCUCCUCCCCUCUUCCACGAUCUUUCGGUGGGGCACUGCAGGGACUCGGCCCGCGCUGCCGUCUCCCCCUCCCGGGGGAGCGCUGUGACCCCCCCCGCAGGAGCGGCGGGGCGGGGUGGGGGGGCCCGGGAGAAGAUGGCGACGCCGGGAAGCGAACCCCAACCUUUCGUCCCUGCCCUCUCGGUGGCUCCUCUGCACCCACAUCAUCAUCCCCACCACCAUCCCCACCACCAUCAGCACCACGGAGGAACGGGAGCCAACAGCGGGGUCGGGGGAGGCGGCGGCGGCGGCGGCGGCGGCGGGGGCUUCAACCUGCCCUUGAACCGGGGGCUGGAGCGCGCGCUGGAGGAAGCGGCCAAUUCCGGGGGGUUGAACCUCAGCGCCAGGAAAUUGAAGGAAUUUCCCCGGACCGCGGCCCCCGGUCACGACCUCUCGGACACGGUGCAGGCAGAUUUAUCUAAAAACAGACUGGUCGAAGUCCCAAUGGAAUUAUGCCAUUUUGUAUCACUGGAAAUUCUUAAUCUGUAUCAUAAUUGCAUCAGAGUCAUUCCUGAGGCCAUCAUUAAUCUGCAGAUGCUGACUUACUUAAACUUGAGUCGAAAUCAGCUGUCUGCCCUGCCUGCCUGCCUGUGUGGUCUGCCUCUCAAAGUCUUAAUCGCAAGUAACAACAAACUUGGAUCGCUGCCAGAAGAGAUAGGUCAGCUCAAACAGUUAAUGGAGUUGGACGUCAGCUGCAACGAGAUCACAGCCCUGCCCCAGCAGAUAGGUCAGUUGAAAGCUCUACGGGAACUGAAUGUCAGAAGAAAUUACCUUAAAGUCUUACCACAAGAACUAGUAGAACUUCCCUUGGUAAAGUUUGACUUUUCCUGCAAUAAAGUGCUCGUGAUUCCCAUUUGUUUUAGAGAGAUGAAACGGCUGCAGGUAUUACUACUUGAGAACAACCCUUUGCAGUCUCCUCCAGCACAGAUUUGCACAAAGGGCAAAGUGCACAUAUUCAAGUAUCUGAGCAUACAAGCAUGUCAGAUGAAGACAACCGACUCCCUCUAUCUCCACACGAUGGAGAGGCCACAUUUACACCAGCACGUGGAGGACAGCAAGAAGGAUUCUGAUUCGGGCGUUGGAAGUGAUAAUGGAGACAAGCGUUUAUCUGCCACAGAGCCUUCUGAUGAAGACACGGUUAGCCUCAACGUGCCAAUGUCAAAUAUCAUGGAAGAAGAACAGAUCAUCAAGGAGGACUCAUGCCAUCGCCUUAGCCCAGUUAAAGGGGACUUUCAUCAGGAAUUUCAACCAGAGCCUUCCCUUCUGGGGGACAAUGACAACUCAGGAGAAGAAAGAGACCAAUUUACUGAUGGAAGAGAUGUUCUCCGUUCAGAAUUUAUAACGUAUAUUAAGGAUAGGGCUGAGGACUGUGAAGAACUGUUACGGAUAGAAGAGGACACGCACUGGCAACCUGAGGGAAUAAUAAGUUCAUCCAAAGACCAGGAUGUGGAUAUGGCGAUGAUUGAACAGCUGAGGGAAGCGGUAGAUUUGCUGCAAGAUCCCAACAGAUUAAGCACAGAUGUUUCAGAGAGAAAUGUUGUAAACUUUUAUCCUGUGGAAUCAGUAGAAGCCUUAGACUUACAAGAUUCUGCACUAAAUGGUCAAAUACAGCUGGAGACCUCUCCCGUUUGUGAGGUGCAAAAUGACCUAACAUUACAGAGUAAUGGGAGCGAGUAUUCUCCAAAUGAGAUUAGAGCCAACUCCCCUGCCAUCUCUCCUACCACCAACAGCACGGGGCCGUUUGGCCUGAAGCCUCGAUCAGACCCAGCCCUCACUCUUCCUCCUAUCUCCUUCAACAAACUUACACAGGCACAAACAUGGGACAGCUCUAGCUACAGUGUUCCAUCUGAAGGAGACAGUGACAAUGUGUUUCUGAGACCUCAGAGAAAUUUGGAAUCUAUAGACCCACAGUUUACAAUUCGGAGGAAAAUGGAACAGAUGAGAGAAGAGAAGGAAUUGGUGGAACAUCUCCGCGAGAGCAUCGAGAUGAGACUCAAGGUCAGCCUGCAUGAAGACCUGGGGGCCGCACUCAUGGAUGGCGUGGUCCUCUGUCACCUGGUCAAUCACAUCCGCCCGCGCUCCGUCGCAAGCAUCCAUGUCCCGUCACCAGCAGUUCCCAAACUUAGCAUGGCCAAAUGCAGAAGAAAUGUGGAAAACUUUUUGGAAGCCUGUCGAAAAUUAGGAGUACCAGAGGCCGACCUCUGCUCUCCGUAUGACAUCCUGCACUUGGACUUCCGUCACAUUCGAAAGACUGUUGACACUCUGCUGGCCCUUGGGGAGAAACCCCCACAACCAACUUCUGCCCUCCGCUCCAGGGACCUUAUAAGCUUCUGUCUUGUCCAUAUUCUCUUUAUAGUGCUGAUCUAUAUCACUUACCGCUGGAAUGCUCUGUCCGCAUAACGUGUGCAUGUGCAUCCAAACAAACACUCUGCUGUGUCACCCUGAGCCAUCACAGGGCCCUUCCUCCCUCUGAGCCUCUGCCUUGCCAGCUUCCAUCCCUGUCAUCUCUUUAGUAGUCUCUCGAGUUUUGAAGGGAACGCUACAAGUCAGGUUUUCCCAAGGCACAGACUUUAUAGAGUGCAGUUCCCAUUAAAUAAUCUCUCUCGCUUCCUAAAAACCAGUGACAGCAGAGUGUAUCGAGACCUCAUGCUUUCUCACUCACAUAGCUGCCCUGGGUAGAGUGGAAGAAGAUGCCAGAACAGGAGCAGAGGGGAUUUAGGAUAUGGAAGUCUUUCCUUUGGGUCAGUGUCAGAUCCUAAUUCAGGAAUGGGCAGUUGAGGUGUAGUGGAGCCACCUUGCAGAGAAGACAGGAAAUCAGCAUUUUGGGCCCAAUUCGGUCUAGAAAAGUCUUUAAUAAUACCGUUAUUGACCAAGUUGAAAAAUACCGUCAGUGAAUGACUGCUUUGCCGGCCAUUCAGUUGGUUUCCUCCCUGUUUCCCUCAAUGGGAGUGUUGCUGCCCACUUCUACCCUGAAGUGAGAAAAGCUACCCUGAGCAAGCCCCUCUGCCCUGCUGCAGGGGAAGGAGCUGUGCAGCGCGGGGCUGGGGAAGGAGGGGCCAUUGCUGUUAGAGCGCCACCUGGAUGAUUCACUUGCACAUCACUUCCCGCAUAGUUUUACGUAAAACUUUUACUCCUUGCUAGGUCUACCCUGAGGCUCUUAGAAAAGCAUUUUCCAGAAGGGAUUUCUAUUUUUAAAUAAUGUAAUGGGUCGUUUUGCUUUUUUGCUGCAUCACAUGAUAGCUUCAGGUCAAGAACGUGAUGGAUUUGACUGUAUUUGUUUUCAAAUAAAGCCAUGAGUCAUGGAACAUUCUUGGUCUGAGGACGUGGGUUACUAUGGCAGAAGCCAACAAUAAGAUUGCUCUCAUUUUAGCAGAAUGUAGUUUCCCUAAUGACUUGACAUUUCCAUUUAACCUUCUGUUUCCAGUGACAUGAGCAAGCUGCUUCUAUUCCUAAGUAAGCUUACAGGAUUAUAUAUUAACUAAAUCUGCUUUUGGAGCAAUGUGAUUGAUCAGUUUGUAACUAAGAGAAAAAAAAAAAAAAACACACAUUAGAAUCUUGUCUCGGCCAAGAUAUUCCUGGUUCUGGGAUUUCUGUUUCUAAUAUGAGAACGCCCUGCUUGAGGUUUGGACAGUUUCUCCUCUGCUUCAUUACACAUCUGGGUGCCACGUACUAUUUCUUAAAUUUGGGGGAUGAUGACAUUAACUUCCUCAAGAUAAAUUUCUAGUUCACGGAGAUGCGAAGAGUCUCCAUCCAUGGCUACUAAGAAGAUAAUUUUAGUUUUCUGAACAUGUCCAUGAAUCCAGGGGACUUGAGAAUAUGGAAAACCCACAUAGUGAGAAGAGUAUAUUUAUAAAUCUUUUUUGUUGCUAAAUCAAGUCAGAUUUUCUAACCGGAAGCACUCUUCCCUCAAAGAUAGCUCUUCCCUCCUGAUUUUGUGUGGACUCGUGAAGUACAGGGUAUGCGGAAGUUGUCUAAUGAAGCUCGGUUAUGUAGAAACAACCCACAGAUGUACUGAAUUGCUUCUGGUACCCUUCAGCCUGUAACGCAAUGAAACCCCUUUGUGCAAUGUCUCAUGAGCACCCUAAACCCUAAGUUGCUUAAUAAACACAUUUCAAGUGAUUUCUUCCAGGUUUUUAUCAGCCCAUCGAUACACUGAUUUGCCCACCUAGAACAGCCUUUGCUUUUCCAUCUGGCUCUACCUUGCACUGACGCUGCCCUGUAAUGAUCACUGUUGUUUGGUUUUUUUCUUCUUUGGGAGGGGUGGGGGGCAAAAGGGAAGAAGGGAGAUGACUUACGGGGGGGGACUUGGAAGAAAAUCCUAUCAAUCAAAACGGAGUAGAACAAUCAUGUGAGAUCAGAUUUAAUUUUUGGUGCUGAGCUGACAUCAUUCUCUGGCUCUGUCCAUAUUUCAAUUCUGGCCUCAAAGGUUCUUUGGAUGUGCUUUCAUUUCUCCUGUCAUUAAUGUAUCUGUCCCCUGACGUGCUGCUCCUCUUGGGAUCUGUUGAAUGGCAUUUUUUUUUUUUUUUUAAAUCAGGAGGCAUAGUAACUAGCAGAACACAAUUAAUUUAGCCCUUUAGGCAAAACUUUGAAUGAACUGUCUUGCCCAUUGUCAAGCUGUUCAUUUCUAUACAGAAUAUUAAGCCCCCCCGUGGUUCUUCCCCAGAGUACCCGCACACCAACUCAUAUGCUCUCGUGAUGCCUGCCGUUACAGUGUGACCGGGGAUGCAAACUGACGUGCUUGUCGUCUGAGAGCUGGUCGGGGAUUUAGUUGUGUGAUUUGUACGUGCAAUCCUAAAUUUCCUUCCUCACACAAGAAGGACCAUUUUCCUAGUACUUCCUUCCAAUGCCUGCUAAAGAGAACCAAUUAUUUAUGUUCUGUCUUUGAAAUAGAAAGAUCUAUUUGAAAUAGAAGGUUCUCUUUCUCCAGCUGCCCCAAUUGAUGGCAGCUUGCCACUCAGCAUUAGGAUUUCCACAGUGUGUCCCAGCUAAUGUGCUCUUCAUUCCUUCUAUUUAUGGAUUCGUAAUUUGUAAGUGGCUCACAGUUCUGGGGAGAGACACCUAUGAAAUGGGGCUGGGGGAGAGGCGCUGUAGAACUCCAAAGUUAGACAAUUAAGUAGGAGUUUCAUCAAUGAGAACAGGUAAAAAAAAAAAAGGCACUUGAUAUCCUGAUACCAUUUAUUUGUAAGAAGUUAAAUUUAGUGCGAGGGUCGUCUAAAAUCCACACUAGUCCCUGUCAUAAGAUCAAAGGAUUUUUACCUUACAGGGUAAAAGGAAUGGACAGUGGAUUAAAAUUUCAAUCCAAUGGCUUUGGAUUGAGUGGAAAAAUAUUUUAAUCCCAUUUUAAGAGAUUCUGCGUUUUUUAAAAAAAUUGUUUUAAUGUUUAUUUAUUUUUAAGACAGAGUGUAAGCAGGGAAGGGGCAGAGAGAGAGGGGGAUACAGAAUUCGAAGCAGGCUCCAGGCCCUGACCUGUCAGCACAGAGCCCAGCGCAGGGCUCGAAUGCCCAUUGAGAUCAUGACCUGAGCCUAAGUCAGACGCUUAACGAACUGAGCCUCCCAGGCGCCCUGGAGAUUUUAGUUUUUAAGAUUAGGCUUCAGGUUUUGAAAUUAGUUCUCAAUAAAAAAUCAGAUACAUAGAAUGUGUGCUUUUUUUCUUUGAGACUAUCAGGGUCCAGUUCCUUGGCUUUUCACUGCGAUUUUUAUUUGUGCCUGUGUUCAUUCAUUCCUUCCUCAAUAUUGAAUGAGCACUCUUUGAGUAAGGCUGUGUGGUAGACCUGGGGGAUAAAAAGGUGACCAUGAUACAUGACCCCCGUCUUCGAAAAUCUUGCAGUCGAGACCAGGAGCCAGCAAAAUUUUUCUGUAAAGUGCCAGAUUGUAAAUAUUUUAUGCUUUGUGGGCUCUACAAUCUGUUACACAAACUACCCGGUCCUGUUGUGGUCUGGAAGCAGCCAUGGAUGACUCCUACAUGAAGGGGCGUGGCUGUGUCCCCAUAAAACUUGGUUCACAAAAACAGGCUAUGGACUGAAUUGGCCCGCAGGCAGUGGUCUUUGGAGCCCUGAUCUAGUGGACAAAUAAAAUGGAAUUCAGUGUGAUACGAGAUUCUGCAAAGCACAAGGCAGGGAAUCGGACCCUGAUGGGUAACGGUCUGUGAAGCCUUCUUGCCCUUGUGCCAUGUACCCUGCGACCUGGAAGAGGAAUAGCCAGAUGAGGGGGGGGAUGUGUUCUGCGGAGGUGAGAAAAGGGGCGGAUGUGUGUGGAGAAAGAGGCGUUCUGGAGGGAGGAAGCACUGAAAGAUGGCCUGGCUGGAAAGCAGGGAAUCAAAUGAGUGACGAGAUGCCCUCUCAGUCUGUAAGGGUUUAACGUGGUCUCCCUCUUAGUUGGACGACACUGACCCUCCUGAGCAGGAACUGGAAACUCUCUCAGUGUGAAAAUAAUGCAGACAGUCUUGUAGGUUCACUCCAGUGCCAGGAACCUGCAUGUGAGCAACAGACUGAACGAUGUGGAAUCUGCUGAUGUAAAUGACUUUGGUUUAGUCAAGCGGCUGGCCUGGAAGGAGGCAUGCGGCCAUUUGGGAGCACAAGGAGCUAGAGAAAGAGAACAGCCAGGCAGGGCUGCUCCCAUGAGGCGUUUUUGGCCAGGGCACGAUCGAUGUCUGUUUCUGUCUUUGAAGAGAACCGAACGAGGAUCCCCACAUGCUGUUGAAUUUGUUGGGGGUUACCGCGAUAGGACUCCGAGGGUCUAGAGGCCUCUUCCUGUCCCAGGGGCCACAGAUGCACCAUACUCCCCCAUUGAAGGAAUUUCUGGGAAGGAGCUUGGUGUUGUAGAAGGAGCCCCAGCUUUGAGAUGAGACUCAUCUUCAGAUCCUGGUUCCGGUACUUAAGAGCUGUAUGACUUUACCAGAGUUACUUAAACUCUACGUCCCCAUUUUCCCAUCUGUAAAGUAGAGGGAUUAUACCCACCUUGCACAGUUGUCAUAAAGAAUUAAGCGAUGUAAAUCUGUAGCAUUGGCACCAAGCCUGUAGGAAGGGGCCCGGGAAGCCUUCCUAAGGUAACAUUUAGUCUUUCUGGCUUGCCUGCCUUUUCCAGCCCUAUUUGCUGUGGCUCCAAAAAGAGCUGGAUGAGGGGAUGUGAGGGAACCUUACUGAUUCCUCCAUGGGAGAAGCAGCAGCAAGCACGCGUUCUUCGGAGGGGAUCAGAAGCAUUAUAUUUCUGUAAGAUACUGCUUCAUGACUCUGCUCUGUGCUUUGAAAGGAAACACAGCAAUGGUGCCACAUUCUCAAGAAGAGCCACUAGGCUUCUCUAACAGUGAAAUUGAAAUGCACUUAAAGUUCGUGUAAAUGUAUAGUGAUUCCCGCUUUAAAUCCAUUUUAGACCGGUUUCGGUGGCCCUUCUCUGUCCCUUCUGACCCAGCCAUAACUCUACGGCAGUUCCUUCUCCAUCUCAACUUCUAGGUCACUUCAGGGACCCUCUCCCCAUGCCCCCAUGGACAUGCAGUGGCAGGUCCAGUGUGUGGAAGAUGGCCUUCUGGCCUUCCUUGCUGUCCUUGCUCAGCCUGUCAAGCAGUGCCUCAGCUCAUAAUUCCAUCAGUCUUCACCCCAGUCCUGUGAUGAUACAGCCUGAACUGCCAUGUUUUUGUUUCUACUAGCUCAUGCCAGUCUUCCUAGGUUACCACCAACUCCAUCCAAGUAAUCUGAGGGCACUUCCGGGUUUCUUCAGGGCAUGUGAAUGAAAGGAGAAGAGGCAGGAAGGAUGUGAAAAAGUACCUUUUUCUGUCUCCUGUUUACUUCUCAUUGCCAACUGUAAGGGUGGAAGGGAGAGCCUUGGACUCUGCACCAGGUUUAGGAGUGAGGAGACCAGGAAGUGAGAAAAGACCAGGGAGAGAAAAGACCAGGAAGUGAGACCGGGAAGUGAAAAAAAGACCUGGGAGAGAGGGUGAAGCAAACUCAGCCUGUGAUGUCUGCAGAAGUCCUGUCAGCAGGAGGCUGAGACCUCAAUACUUUCCCAUCCCUGUGUCUCUGGAGCCCCCAGCCUUUCCCAACCAUGACCUCUAGCUUGGAACCACUCUUUAAUGGGACCAGGGCAGUCAUGAAUGGAGACAUGUUGAAUCUUAAGCAGGACUUAGGAUAAGGCACGUAGCCCCAGAAAAGCCAUGUUGUACACAGUUUAGACCCUAUGGAAAUAUUAGUACUUAAAUUCAGGAACAUUUAGGACUAAACAUAAAUAAACACUGUGGUCAAGAAGCAAAGUGUCUUUCAAGAUGGCCUCGGUCAUAUGCUUCCUUCUAAGAUUUCUAUUUGUGUUCCUCACCUAGUGUUCAGUUGAUCUCUUACUGUUUUUCUCAAUGAUUUAUUGAGCUUAUGUGUCAUAUAAAACUCUUUGUAAUUUGAUGCAAAUAUUUUAUUUAGAGUUUGUUUAUCUUUUAAUUAGCUUGUUUUUUUUUUUUGACACAUAGAGGCUUUAAACUUUAAGGCAUAAUCAGUUGUUUCUAUCUUUUGUGAUUUUUAUACCAUUUUUUAGCUUAGAUAAUUUUCCAUUUAUUUACAAGAGAAAAUGCUAAAUAUUCAUGUCUGUUUUAUUAGGAGAGGUGUUUGAUUUAAAAAAAAAAAAAAGUUAACACUUUAGGGGCACCUGGGUGGCUCAGUCGGUUAAGCAUCCCACUUCAACUUGGGUCAUGAUCUCAUGGUUGGUGAGUUCAAGCCCCGCAUUGGGCUCUGUGCUGACAGCUCAGAGCCUGGAGCCUGCUUCGGAUUUUGUGUCUCCCUCUCUCUCUGCUCCUCCUCCGUUCGUGCUCUGUCUCUCUCUCUCUCAAAAAUAAACAUUUAAAAAAAAUUUAAUGAUUUAAAAAAAACAGUUCUUUAAUUCAUUUCAAAUUGAUUUUAGCAUAUGGUGUAAAUAGAAGACUUUAUUUUUUCCCCAAGUAAUACCUUGUAUCAGGUGCUUAACCAUAAUAGUGGCCGUUUGUGAUUUCCUACAAAGGCAGAUGUCAACUUAUGUGCUGUGGGGAUCAUAAGAAUGAAGUAAAUACACCCCUGCCCUUGUGGAACCGAUCUUAGCAAUGAAAUGCCAGAUUGGGGUGAUUUCACAAGCCAUGGCAAAUGGUGUCAGGGAAGGAUAUACACUGAUGUCCGGCUGUGGCAUGCCCAUCCUGUCCUAGUGACCGCUCCUGACUCCCAGACAGAACCUCCCAUCCUUUCUCAGAUUGGCAUGUGGCUACUAAGUUGGCCAGCAGCAUAAACCUGCACACCCACCUAAUAUGCCAUUGACAAGAUAAUCCUAUUAUGAUACAGAUCAGACACAUGAAAUAAUGGUUGAAAUUGUGCUUUAAAGAAUCAGUUGUCCUGUGUUGACAUGUGGCCAUUUCUUAAGACCUGGUGCCAGAGAGAGUCGGAGAUACUCUUAAUUUACCACAAGUUAGGGAAGGAGAUAGGGAUAGGGGCAAAAAGGUGGUUGAGAGAGUGUAGGAAGAUGACAUUUGCAGACAGUGGAACAAAUUACUUGAGAUGUCAUGGCAUGUUCUUUAAAGACCUUUCUGAGGACAGAAUGCCUGUAUCUGUGGUAAUUUAUGGGGAGUCCUGCACCGAGGAAGUAGGAGGAUCUGGUUCCUCAAGCACAAAUCACAUGAGACGCAGCAGAAUUGUCCAAGAUCCUGAUUGGCUUCAUGUUAAACACUGUGUCCGUUGCCUGGGGUGUGAUGCAUGUGCCAUUUAAACUGCCCUUAAAAACACAGCCAUUAGGCUGUGGAGAACAUACCAUGAUCUGGUAGACAAGAGGGAGUGUUUGCUGUGGAUUCUUUUCCUAGCCAAGGAGACAUACUCAGCAAGGAGAUUCCCCUCAUUCCCCGAGCCAAAUGACAAAGGUUUGAAAUUAUCUUGUGUUCUUUUGUAAACUGUUUGGUUGAGCAUGCAAGGUUCUCCCCAUAAGGAGUGAUUUGUGUCGAUUAUUUUCCUUGACUCACACGUACUGGCCAUUUCCCAAGAGCAAAAAUACAACAUGAGGAAGUAACAGGACAUUCGUGUCUUUGACAGUUUUACCAAAGAGUCUUAAAAGAGACACUAAUGAAGGCUGUGGUUAAAAUUACUUAUUUACAAGGCUCUUGAUAAACCAUGAAGAAAGGAUACCAGUCCACCAGCAUGCCUCCAUUUCAGAGAUCACAGCAAAUAAAAUCAAGGUUUAUGGUCAUUAUAACGGUACAUGGUCAGUGUAUAAAUGAGUAUAUUAGUUCCCUUAAAAUGUGUGAGAAGCUACUGGCAAUUUGGCUUUAUAAGAAUGUAAGCUAAUAUAUUCUCGGUGUUUGGUUUCCACCUGACUCUAUGUAGCUCAGUUAUUUAGCAUAACGUUUUUUAAAAUGUUUGGGUCUAUUGCAUAUUUCAGAAUGAUUGGGAGACUUUCUGGAACGACCUUCACUUGUGAAAAAUCAGCAUUUUCUCUGCAAAUACAGAAAAGAUCUUUGCCAAUGGGUUGAAAGCAAGGGAGAGAGCACAGUCUGAGACGAUCAGACAGGCAUAUGUCAGAGCUCAACUCAGCUCCUGUCAGUGGUAUCCUAAGAUUUUAUGAUUAUGUUGCGGUCAUCUAAAAAUUGAUGUUUUGUUCUUCUCC